UAGACUCACCAGAAGAAGCAUUGAGAAAAUGGGUGCUAAGAUAAAAGCUGAGAUCAUCUCAAGAAGAUGUAUCAAACCAACGUCACCCACACCCUCCCACCUUAAAUCCUUCAAACUCUCCCUUUUAGAUCAGCUUUCCCCAAACAUCUACGGCAACAUUACCUUCUUCUUCCCUUACCAUGCCGGCGCCGGUACCGUUGACCGCCCCCUUCUCUCUGAUUUCUCCACCAAAUCCCAACUUCUUCAGAUCUCCCUUUCCCAGAUGCUCACCCGUUUCUAUCCUCUCGCCGGCCGCCUCCGAGACCCGGCCACCGUUGACUGCAACGACGAUGGCAUGUUUUACAUUGAAGCUCAAGCGACCACCCAUCUCUCACAUUUCCUCAGCAACCCAGAUCCCGACAUUCUCGAACAAUUCCUUCCCUCGUCCGACAAGCAAACCAUGUUAUCGUCAAACGGUUCCUUCUUCCUUGUCCAGUUCACAUUGUUCGGCUGUGGUGGGACUGCCAUAGGCAUUUCCAUCAGCCACAAGAUCUCCGAUCUCGCAACCUUCCUCACAAUCCUUCAGAGCUGGACCGCCAUCUGUCGGGGAGCCAAAGAACCUUCUGUUCCGGACUUGGGCCUCGCCGCUUCCCUUUUACCACCGCGAGAAAUCCCAGUGAUGUCCGCUUCUGUAAGCAUCAUUGCCGACAAGUUCACUGCGAGACGGUUCGUUUUCAGCGCUUCCAUGGUGGGAGAACUUAAACACAUAGUCGAAAUCGCUCUCGGAAAAGACAAGAAUAAUCAGUUCCGUCCGUCGCGCGUGGAGGUGGUGCUUGCAUUGAUUUGGAGAUGCGCCAUGCUAUCUCACCGUCCCAAAACGGGGUCGUUUAAGCCGUCUGCGCUGUUCCAAGGCGUGAACCUUCGUCCCCGAACGGAGCCGCCGGUGCCUGCGACAGCGAUCGGGAAUCUCGUGUGGCCGUUCAUGGUGAUGGUGGAGGAAGAGAAGGAAACAGAAUUGCAUGAGUUAGUGAAGAAGAUGAGAGAGGGAAUGAAGGAGUUCAUAGAGAAGAAGGCAAGCAAAUUCAAAGAAGGAGGUGGGUUUGAAACUGUAAUGGAGUUUCUGAAGGAGAGAGGAGAGAUGUUGAAGAGGAAGAAGGAGACAGUGAUUUAUAAGUGUACGAGUUGGUGUAGGUCGGCAUUGUACGAGGUGGAAUAUGGGUGGGGGAAGCCUGUGUGGAUGUCGAGUGUCAAUAAGAUGAUAAGUAACACAGUGGCUUUAAUGGAUGCGAAAGAUGGUGGAGUUGAAGCCCUAGUGACUCUGGAUGAACAACAGAUGAAGAUCUUUGAACAGCAUCAAGAGUUGCUCCAUUUUGCUCAGCUUAAUCCUAGUAUUGAUCUUCUUCCACAUUCUGACACUGCUAAACCUAAACCUUUUAUCAGAGCGGCACUGUGAUAUGCUUUUUGAUGUUCUGAAGAACAAAGAGCAGGUAUAUGAUGUUUGAUAUUUCAGAUCGGUUGGAUACAUUAACGACAAUGAAUGUUUUGUUGCGUGACAUAUUAUGGUGCGUGAAAGUUUAAUUUGUAGCAGUCCAUGUGCGCUUUUCAAUAUUGUCAUUUUAAUUUCAUAUAUGAAAUAUUAUGAUUAGGAUGCAUAGAUAUAUGACUGUCUCAAAGCCAGGAUCUUUUAUGCGAUCACCAACUUAAGCAAUGUGAUUCUAAAAUUGGUAGGAUUUGGCAAAAAAACAAUCAAGCACUUCAACUUUCAAUGCCAUAUUGAUAUGCAUUUACCUUUUAUUGUAUUUUAUUUUUCCCAUUAAAAAUUU